AUGGCAACUCAAAUUUCUAAUAAUAAUAGCAUCAGUAGUAAUAUGAACAAUUUUGAACGCGUAUUACCUACUAUGCCAGUAAUUGUUAAAUCGCCUAAAAUUUCAGCAACAGCGGAAACAUCGUCAACCUCUUCACCUCCGGCUUCUUCAACUUCAUUUCCCACUACUGAUUCUACUGAUAUUAUAACAUCUACAACAAGGACAACUACUAGUACUGCAAUUUCACCAACUAUUAAAAGUAUUAGCAAUAAUAAUAAUAAAAGAAAGAAUUUAAUCAAUCCACGAGAAAAAGGCAAUGAAGAUGAUGGUGGCAAAACUAUCAAAAAAAUAAAGAGAGUUAAAGAUCCCAAUGCGCCAAAAAGACCAGCUAAUGCAUAUAUACAAUUUGUCAAGGCAAAAAGGGAAGAAAUUAGUAAGAUAUAUCCCGAAAAGAAAACCAAAGAAUUAUUUCUUACUGUAUAUCUUGGAAUGAAAACAACAAAAGCUCGUAAAGUAUAUGGUGUAGAAUAUCCAUAUAGAGGUGUUUGGAUAAUUGGCCGUAUUGCUUAUGCUGUCGGAUAUUCCACUGGAGAACCUGAUAAAAGACACAGAGGAGGAUUUGGCUAUUUUGGUUCACUCGCUUUAGUUGGAACAACCAUUUCUAAACUUGACAAAGAAGCUAAGGGUUUAAGAAUAGAGAACAACGAAUUAAGUCAACAAAAGUGA